AUGGUCAAAGCUAUCAGAGGCACGCUCGUCAAGUGCGACGCUUCCAUCAAAGCCAUGCUGGUGGACAUUGACAGCAAGAACAACAACGAAUACAUCAUCGAGGAGCUCGACGAGGAGCACAUUCUGGUCAAGGAAACGAGGAUCAAUGAGCUCAAGGCUCGUUUGAAUCAGAUGAUGAGAGAACGCUUGAAGGAACCAGAGAGUUCGGACUCUGAAUAG